AUGGAUACCCAUCCAAGUCCUGACAUAGACUCACCACGACGUACUGAAGGUUCAACUUCAGUCAUCAAUUCCCUGAGAAUUCAAUGCGCGCAGGGCAUUGAUGUGGAAUCGCCAAAAUUUUGUGGGCCCUCGAGCUCAGAGUACACUUUGAAUGUAGUCAGCGGAAAUCUCAAGGUGAAGGGUGUCCCAGUGGCCAUUCUUGCGAACUCAAAUUCAGAUCCAACAACGUCGUUUGAGUCCUCGAAUUUAGGGCGUCAUGGACCUUUGACAAAGAUGAUAUCUUUGGAUCCUCUAUGGGACUUUACGAAGGACAGCGCCAUAAGCCUUGUCCAUGACUGGCGCGACAGUGUUGGCCUGCUUUAUCCGAUUGUAAGCCGUUCUGACAUGUUGAGGACUACCGAUACAGUGUUUGAGAUCAUGGAAAGUGCACAGAAGGAUGGAUUACAAUCUAAAACCAUUGUUGUCGCGGAAGCUCUUUUCCACGACGAGACGAGUCAACUUAAAAUGGUGCCAGCAAUAGGUCGCACACUAGCCUACGGAGGGAGAAAUGAGCAAGCGCAAAAGCUAUAUGAAAGUAUCUCAGAGGUGAUGGAAGGGGUGUUCUUGAGCCCUCCAGAUAUUCGGGGAACUCAGCUUCUCACCCUUGUGGUAUGGCGUGCGGCCCCUCCCUCUUGCCUAGCUUGA